AUGGCGCUAUUCGACAUGCAAACGGGGGGUCGGUACAAUCCGUUUGUCGCACAACGUCAAUCGAAAUCAGCCAACAUUUCUCUUCGCGGACUCACCACACGGCUGUUCAAGAAAUAUCGCAUCAAAGUAUUACGCCUUGCACCCGGGCGGCAGACGGAUGACGAGUUCACGAAAGAGAUUUGUUGCGGGACGAGAAGAAGUGGGAGGUUUCAAGUUCACUUGAGUAAGGAUCCUCCACGACAACUGGUUACGGCGCCAGAUCCCAAGUCGCCAACUCCGAGCGACUCUGGCGACAAUGUAUACCUGGACGACUUUGUCAAUUGA